CAACUGUCAAUUUGCAAUUUAGAAUAGCGCCCCUGCCGACAUUUUCAUGUAAACAUAUACGGGGCAAGCGGUGUGUAGUUACUUCUUUUAAGCUUAUAAUUGUAUGGAAAAUCGGAUGUUUUUACCUAAAAAGUCCUUUUAAUGGAUGCGCGUUGAGUAGGCAAUAGCGAGAAAGAAAGGCUCUGCUAAUCUGCUAGAGCAUCUAAGGUAAUCAUCGUUCCAUUCGGAAUUAAGGCCUCUGGUUGUAGUGUUUUUGUUUCGCCACUCAAUCGGCAACUCCACUAUCCUUCCAGCUCUGAAGAGUGGAAUAAACUCGGGAAUGUUUAAUGGCGGCUCAAGCACUCGUGUACUGUAUGUAAACAAAUAAUUCAUCAAACCCUCAAUUAAAAUGAUCCGGUGAAACAGUGGACUAUCUCGAACUAAAUAGUGUAAUGGAACCGGCAUUACAACGAUUGGGAGAUGUUACCAUCCAAAGGCUCCAGAAACCCAAGGAACUUAAAGAAGAGCCACCAAGUAAACCAGAAUCGGUAGAACAGCCAAAAGCUAAGGAAGAACAUGAAACAUCGGAAGAAUUAUGUCCAUCAGAUGAAGAAAGUGAUGAAGAAUUCGAGGGCAACGAGGAACUUGACUUUGAAUCACCAGUCUCAAAACCGCAGCCUGCGCUAUCAUCAUCUACAGCCCUGAAAAGAUCUAUUAUAUCAAGCGGGUUGAACCUUGGUCCUGAAAUUUCUUUUAAAAAGUUUAAGUCCGAUACCAAACAGCCUGAAAAGGAUAUUACUCCAACAGUUGGAACGAAAAGCUUUGAAAAUGAGAGUGAACCCAAUUUGAGUGAAGAUGAAAUGUCUUACUAUGAUUCGGAUAUGGGAUCAGAGAGCGAAUUGCAGGACCUGGGUGCCGAUUUGGGUUUAAAUUUGGGAUUAGAUGAUGUAUUGAAGAACAUGGAGACCAAACCACAACAUGGCCGUCCGACCAGUACUACAGUUUUUCCUUCUAAAGCCGAAGCAGAGCCUGUAUCUGCCGUGGAAAAUAAUUCUUUGUCGGGAAGCAAUGUCGCAAUAAAAUUUCCACUGGAGCAACCCAUGACAGUCAAAGAAGAAGAUGAUCAAAGUAGUAACGGAGAAAACACCUCUUUUUUCGAAAACUUGGUGGAACAAGCAGUAGUCCCCACCCCAACUUCAUCCGAUCCGAACGUUAAAAAUGAGAUUAUCGACGAAGACUAUGAAAUCGAUAUCAAAGAGAAACUGAAAGAAAUGGGAGAGAUAACGUUUGCGUCAGUCAAGAAAGGAGAUAAACCAAAGGCUAGUGACUCCCCUACGGAGAAUGAAGUGGUCAUAACAAAGAAAACGGGAGAUGAGGUGACGGUUGUAAGUAAAGGGAAUUUACGUCGAAACAUUAGAGAGGUUAUGGAUGAAACAAAAUUGGACGAAACCACUUUAGCGGCCCAAAGGCAAGAAGCGGAAAGAUUAAAAAGAGUACAAGAGCAGCAACGGAUACUUAGGGAAUAUCAACGACAAGCACAGCAAGAGAAAAUGCAGCAGAAAGUGAUCUCGUUGUUACAGGGGAACAAUUUUUCAAAGCCCGGGCCAUCCAAUCAAACCAGAAUAGGUAAUACUGUUCUGGUAAAACUUCCUAAUGGUCAAACAAAGUCUAUGACUAAAGUGCCACGAUUUGAUCUCCUCAAAAUGCCGAAACCUGAAGCUCCUUACUCUAGGUAUCCUUCACAGCACACUGGGCAGAUUACUCCAUUGGGGCCUAUGGGAGUUCCUCGAGGUUAUCCAAGAUUACCUUUUAAUAGCAGGCGGGGUAGCGGAGUUAAUUUACCUACUUCUUUAAGUUUCUCUCCGGUUACUAAGAGAGGACCGCCUUUACUGCCUCCAAGGGCCCAUCAAAGCGAUAGUGAUAGUGAAAGUGAAGAUAGGAAAAACAUUGCUUUUCCACAUCUAAAGUCGCCUAAACUUAGACGAGGAAAAACCUCCGAUAAUCAAACAAUAGAAGUGUCUUCUGACGAUGACUGCAUAGUAGUAUCUGAGUCUGAAGGCGACCAGGGUCCAGACGAUGAUGAUCAUGAUGACCCGAGCAAUUCAGGGAUGCACACAAAUGAUGAAUUUAACCAACCUGACGAAAAGGGGCGUGUCCUAAUUAAUGUGGGUCAUUCUGAAGAUGAUCCGGACGUAUUUAUAGCUCCGCAAAUUGCAAGAAUAAUAAAGCCUCAUCAGAUCGGAGGUGUUCGAUUUCUUUACGACAAUAUCGUCGAAACUAUUAAUGGAUUCGAUUCUUCUGCAGGAUUUGGCUGUAUUUUGGCACAUUCGAUGGGUUUAGGGAAAACGUUGCAAAUAGUGACGUUUUCGGAUGUGUUCUUGCGAUAUACUGCUGCUAAAACAAUUUUAUGCAUUAUGCCUAUCAAUACCUUGCAGAAUUGGAUGGCGGAAUACAAUAUGUGGACACCAACGUCUCAGGCUGCAAGCGCGAGUCCAUUAAACUCACACGGAGAAGUAAGGCCGAGAAAUUUUAACCUCCACGUUUUAAACGACGGACACAAAACCUUAAUCGCUAGACAAAAGGUUAUACACUCAUGGAGAUCUCAAGGGGGUGUUCUUUUAAUCGGCUAUGAACAAUUUAGAUUAUUAAGUUUGAAAAAAAAUCCAAAACCGAAGCGGAAAGGUGUGGUUGCUCCAGAUAUACCAGAAACCGAGAAAAAUCAGUGUAUAUUUGAAGAAAUAUAUGCUGCUUUAGUAAACCCGGGGCCUGACUUGGUGAUUUGCGACGAAGGACAUCGAAUAAAGAACUCUCAUGCGUCCAUAUCAGCUGCCUUAAAACAGUUACGGACUAAAAGACGCGUUGUACUUACCGGGUAUCCUUUGCAAAAUAACUUGACCGAAUAUUGGUGUAUGGUGGAUUUUGUCAGGCCAAAUUAUUUGGGAUCAAAAACCGAAUUUUUAAAUAUGUUUGAACGUCCAAUUAUGAAUGGCCAAUGCAUAGACUCCACAGAAGCUGAUAUUAAAUUAAUGCGAUAUAGGGCCCACGUUUUACAUUCUCUAUUAGUCGGAUUUGUACAGAGAAGAUCCCAUAGGGUCUUACAAACAGUGUUGCCUCAAAAGGAAGAAUAUGUGCUUCUGGUUCGUCUCACAACGUUCCAGAGGCAGCUGUACGAUAGAUUUAUGAAUGAAGUGGUUCGGACACAAGCUGUUCCAAAUCCUUUGAAAGCGUUCGCUGUCUGUUGCAAGAUAUGGAAUCACCCUGAUGUACUUUAUAAUUUUUUAAUGAAAAGAGCUCGUGGUGAUGCUGUGGAUCUCGAUUUGGACGAAGUUGCUGGUGCAAUUAGUGGAGCUUCAUCAAUAACUGAUGCAAAGGCCAAAAGAGGCCCGGGAAAACCACGUAAAACAGUAGGACCCAGAGGGCGUCCUUGCAAACCUGCCGCUUCAGUAACGCCCUACAGCAACAAUGCUGACUCAAUAGUUAGUUCUAUGCAGCCUCCUACCAACAUAAAUGGGUUACUUCCAACCAACACUCAGUCGCAGUUUAACCUUGCUAACACUACGGCAUCUUUUUCAAAUGCAGCUAAAAGUUCUGACACCAAUUAUGGACCUUAUACGGAUGAAUUCAACCAGCCGCGAACGUCGUUCGAAGGAAUUUCUCAGUUUUUUGACGAUCACAUGUCUCAGCCAUCGUACAGUGCUCCGUUCGGCGAGAAAAUGGGCAAUUUGUCUCCAUUUUUGAAUCCCGAUGCUAAUGAGUUGCACGCACAAGUUUCCAUUAGUGAAACCUCUCAACACCAAAACCAUAACGUUCAUCACAAUCAAACCGUUAAAGGAAUGAGCAUGAGCAGUGUUGGAAUUGGCGAAGCUUCCAAUAGCCAACAGUCGUCUGCAAAUCAUACGAGCCUGUUUAAUCUGGAUAACCAAAACACGGUUACGUUAGCCAAAGCAAAUGCUAAAAGUACGCCAAUGAUUCCGAAUUUGCCUUCUGGAAUCUCUCUAACUCCCGUGAGUGCCAAAUCGCAAGCUAAUCUGCAAAACACGAAAAUCCAGGCAGUAAAUGCCCAUCCGCAGAAUGAAUCUUUAGGGCUCUCUCUUAGGCAAUCUUGCGGAACUACUGGUGACUCGCUUCCAAAUCAGUUAGGAUCCAAUCUACCUGUUCAAGAUUCUGAGGUUAAGAACAAUAUAUUAAAUGGUUUUGUACAGCAGAAGAACUCUCAAAAAGAGCAAGAGUAUCAUCAACAAGGUGCUUCAUAUACAAAUAAUGCUCAUCCAAACCAAGUUAGUUCAUAUAAUUGGUUGAAGAAAGAAGACACUAGUUCGUUGAUAAAUUCCAAUAAUUUAACUAAUCAUAAAAGUGAUUCUAGCAAUGAAUCCAAACCUAAAAUCAAUAUUAUUAGCGACAUCAAAUUACCGUCAGUAUUUUCCUCGGAUAGAAAAAUUAAUAUCAUCAGUGACUUUAAAAUUGAAUCCAAAAAAGAUGAACGAGAAGAUGAUAAGUACGGCGUCAAGCAGGAAUUGGAUAAAUUUAAAAUGGAACCAAAAAAUGAGCUAAAAAUUGAAGAUGAGGCAAUUACACUCAAAACUACUGAAAACCCACUAGCUAAGUUAGUUGCCUCGUUACCAAUUAAGGAUUCAAAGGAGGAUGGCGGAAUCCCUUAUGACUGGGCAGUUGAACUACUGAAAGACUACGUAUCCGGCCAAAUAGAGAACUCGGCAAAAUUCCAGAUACUGUUUUGUAUUAUAAAAGAAAGUUUAGCUUUAGGCGAUAGACUGCUAGUUUUUAGCCAAUCUCUAAUUACUCUUGAUUUAAUUGAACAGUUUCUGCAGACGAGCAUUAUACCAGGACAAACUUGUAAAUGGGCCAGGAAUACCAGUUAUUACAGACUGGACGGUUCCACCGGAGCACAAGAAAGAGAAAAAUUGAUUAACGAAUUCAAUUCAAACCCAACAAUAUAUCUAUUUUUGGUGUCGACCAGAGCUGGUUCGCUGGGAAUUAAUUUGAUUGGUGCUAACCGUGUGGUAGUUUUGGAUGCUUCUUGGAACCCGUGCCAUGAUACACAAGCCGUUUGUCGAGUGUAUCGAUAUGGGCAGCGAAAGCCCUGCUUCGUCUAUCGGCUUGUUGUGGACAAUUGCUUGGAGAAGAAAAUUUAUGAUCGACAAGUUAGUAAACAAGGUAUGUCGGACAGAGUCGUGGAUGAAUGUAAUCCGGACGCACACUUGACAAUUAAAGACGUUAGCACAUUAUGUUUCGACGAUAAAAAGGAUGAGGGAGAAAUAAAAGACUGGUCUUGUUGCAAAGAUAAAUAUAUUGAUGUGGUUCUACAAAAGGUCUUGGAUAACCAUGGAACUACUCUUACUAAGGAGCCUUUUCAACAUGAAUCACUAUUAGUGGAUCGUAAAGAGAAGCAACUGUCUCAGCAGGAGAAGAGAUUAGCUAAAAAAGGCUACGAAAGAGACAAAAAUGCAGCGAGACAGCCUUCUUACUUGAGUAGUUCAGGGAGAGGUCAUAGGCCGGUGGCAUCAGUGCGACCUAUGCAGCAGGGUGGCGAACGGCCAUCAAGAUGGAUUCCAGCUGAGCAUUGGCAACGCCAAGGUAUGACGGCUCAAGAAAUGACGCUACCCCUGGAUGUUGUCAUACCAACACAUCAAGCAGACAAUGACAGCAUAGUAAUUAAAGCGGGCCAAAAAGUACUAGUUUUGAAAUCACCCAAAGGUGUUUAUAUGCAAUUGGAAAGUGGAAAAAUAGUUGCGAUCAAAACAGCCAUAAAAGUAAAAGGCAGAGCAGACGACAGUUCAAUGGAUCCAUUGAAAAUGGCAUCUAAUCCACCUUUUCUAUCUUCGCAAAUGAAGAACAACCCUCUCGCAGGAAAGUCGCUAAAGCGCGUUCAAAAACCAACUUUUCAGCCUGUAAAGUCGCCGUUUAUCCCAGGCUUAAAUAAAUUUAAUGUAAAAGGCACCCAGAAGACAACUCCCAAUCUGGUUUCACGAAUUCAAAGCAUUUCGAGAAAAGGGCAAAAUAUACCUAUCCGGCAAAAACCGUUUGAACUGGAUGCUGAUGUUAGGAAAGCAGCAAGAGUUUUUGGAGUUCCGAUGCCUGAUAGUAGCGAAAGUGACAUUACCCCUAUAUCACAAGUGGAAAAAUCUGCGCUCCCAAACCCACUACAGGCCGAUGAAGGAGAUGAAUUAGAAAAGAAAAUCACUCAGUUAAAGAAAAACAUAUCAAUUCAAAGGGUCACUAGCGGAGGUGUAAAACAACCGUUAAAAACACCAAUUAGUUCCCAACCGUCACCGAGAUUAUACCCUACAGCCCAGCAGCAAAAGCCGGGACAGAAAGUGCCUGAGCAACAGCCUAAAUUGCCUGCGAAAACCUCGCUACAAGAUCACGUCAAGUUAAAGCAGGAUGAGUCAGUACUCGAACAUCUGGGACAAUCUACAUCGCGUUUGGAAAACACACCAUUCCAGGAAACACUAGACAGUAUAACUGCCGGAUUCAAAAAUCCUGACAAUCUAGAUCAUUUGGAUUCAGAAGACGAUGAGAUAAGACAUCCACUAGAUGGGGAUGAACCAGACGAUGAAGCCAGUUCUGAUGCAUCUUUGGAUCAAAGUAAAUUGGUCGCUGCCGCAGAUCAAGGAGAACGCAAUGAAAACAGUGAUCAGAGCGACGAGGUGACAUACGUUUCGGAACAGUUUUCUGAGUCCGCCGAACAGCAGUUUACUGGUCAACAAGUUCCACUAAAGUCUGAAAAUUCUACGGAUUAUAACACCGCACCGGGCAACUAUAAUUACGGUUAUAAUUAUAAUAUGGCCCCAUUCCAAAAUCAUCCACCACAACAGCCGAGUUACAACUUUCCUCUUCAACCGCCUCCGCCGCCUUUUGAUGGGUACAGCGGAUAUCAACAUGGACAGGCGCCGUAUAACUAUGGUUAUCAAGGAUACCCGCCACCUCAGCCCCAUUAUCCUCCAUUACAUCCACAACCUGGCUACGAGUACAAUAGUUCCGCACCUGUGUAUCCAAGUUACCCAGCAUAUCCUCAGCAGUAUCCUCCUCCUCCGCAAGGUAUUUAUCCACCUCCUGCACCAAACACCGUAAAUACGAGUUUCCCUGACUACCCACAAUAUCCAAAUCAAACGCAAUCAACCUCAACUUAUUAUCAAAAUAGCUAAGGUCUGACUGUCUAAUAAACCAUGUAUGAAAUGUUUUAGUUAUUAAUAAAUUAGCUUUUGUUUAAAUGUUAAGUACAUUAAAUUAUUGAAUUAUUUAAGUAAUCGAGAAAUUGUUCGUGAUAUUCUCUAACUUUUUCUAACAAGUUGAUCAUGUUGAAAUUCAUUACCAUACGCUCUUUUAUUUGGGUAAUUGCUGUAAAAAUGUCUAUAUUGCAUCUGUGCCAGAACACCUUCUAUGGACAAUUGCAUGAAGAAAUAGAAUAACUGGCACUCAGGUUUAUCAUUGCAAAUCUUCUUGCACCUACAGCUUUCUAAAUAUAUCGAUGUCUUAUGUUAAAGUGUUUCUGUUGGUACAAUAUAAGGUUAAGUAACUAAAACUGAACAAGAAACGGUAGUAUGAGAAGUAACUACUCGAUUACAACUGUGAUACUUUCUUUUUGACUUUUUUAAACAUUCAUGCAAAUAUUGUACAUUUAAAAAAAGUGCUUUUAUAUAGUGUCAUGGGUAAAGUGACAACGGUUGUUGUAUGAUGUGCAUCGUUUUAAAUCGUAAACGCAAGUCUAAAUAAUACAAAGCUAUUAUUUACACUAGUACUGUGCUGUAAAUUAUUCGCGUUUAUAACAAAGACGACCUGAUAUUCAGCGUAAUCAAACGUGAAAUACACACUGUAUAAAUAAAUUCAGGACAAUCUCAUAUCGCGUUAUACGAUAUUAUUAAUAUUUUUUAAUCAUCAUAAGAUUAAAAUUUUGAGAUAAUGAAAUGGUCCUUAGAGUAAUUAUAUAAGUAAUAAACUAUAAAUUGUUUAGGUUCGCGCGUAAAGAAACAAUAACCAAUAAAUUAGGACUUUAGUUAUUGUAAAUAAUAGUUAAUAAAGAACUACAACCAAAAAAUAUA